GAGCAAUAAACAACAACAAAACGGCAUUUUCGGCCGGCUGCAGGUGGAACGGUUUUUGGGCUCUCAGACACUUGUGCAGAGCUGUUCUGUGACGUUCAUUUGCGUACUUCCCUUUUUUUGUGCAUAGUUUGAGUUUUUAUUAAAUUGUGUUCUGUCGAUCAGACGGAAACUUUACGAGGUUCUUUUAAGAAACGAACCUGAAACCGUGCCAGUGUGUAGGUCGAAUUCAAUACUCAGUCGAUCGAUCCGACAGAUAGUGAAUAUUAACGGAGAUUACCCGCCAACUACUUCGUACAAUUUGAGUCAACGCGCCGGAAAAAGUGCUACAUUCUAGGGCACGGCUUCCGUACUCUUUGGGCCACGCGGGCCGACGGAUUUCAGUGCUAGGCUCCCAGUGAAAGUAAAGCAUAAGUUUAAAAGAAACAAGUGCCCAUGCGAGAGACUGGUCCUGGUCCCGGGAAAGGAAGCCGUUUGGAUUUGAAAGGUGGUGGCCUGCGGGGUGGCCAAGGAAAUAGUACUCCCAUUUUGCGAUAAUUUAGAUUAAUGCGAAACCUUAAGUGCUCGGAUCGGAACGGGCGGUUGAUUAACGAAGUGCUACUCCGUCGAAAUACUCUACCAAAUUAAUCUUCGCAGCAGUCACAAUAGCCAGCAGCUGUGAGUAUGACUUCAUCGUGAGGCAAGAAAAGUGUCGCCAACACAAUGGAAAUCGCCCGAAAUGUCGUCCAACCCAGCACGACAGGAAAUUGUUGAUAGCUUUUUAAUCUGCUGAAGGUAUGCAAAUUAGGUGGGCCGAAAAGAGUGACAAGCUUGGAUGCCGGAUACCGAAAUGGAAUUAGCUGCCCUCGUUGCCGUCGAACAGAACCGCAGAAACCACCAUUGCUGUUGUCGUAAUUAUUGUUGUAGCUGUUGUUUCCCUACCAGGCGUCGUCCGAAUGUGAGUUAGGGUGAAGAAAUCAGUGAAAUUUAUCAUAUCGAAAGUGACAAAAAUCUACACCACUUGUGGUGCGGUGAAGAAAUAUUUUUUUCGGUGGUGAGAAAGCAGACCCCGCGGGUACAAAGCCUUGGGCCACGAGGAGAACCAACGCACGAGGGGAACCAUGCAAAAUGGAUACAACAUGUGUAUGACCAUUCUGCUGCUGAUCGUAGGGUUUGUCCGAGCGGAGCAUUUAUUAUUCUCAGAUUGCGGAAUUCGUACCUCUCGCAGGCAGCCGCGAAGCAGCACCGGCUGGAGCAACCACUACAACCGACCGGAGCCGUCCCGAGCCAACGCGCAGCAGAGCGCAUCACACCGUCCGGAAGACCUCGACGUCGGCAGCGAAACGACGGACAGUCCCAACCGGAACCCGAAGAUUAUGCACGGCGUUCCGACCCUGGAGGGCCAGUAUCCGUGGCAGGUGUCGCUUGAGCUGAUGCAUCCCUCGUAUGGCUUCAUUGGCCACUGGUGCGGUGGGGUGUUAAUCGACCGGAACUGGGUUCUGUCGGCGGCGCACUGCAUUCACAACGACCUGUUUAAUCUGCCCCUGCCGGCCCUGUGGACCGUGGUGCUGGGCGAGUACGACCGGGGCCACGAGUCUGGCUACGAGCAACGCAUCCCGGUCGACAAGAUCAUUCUGCACGAGAAGUAUCACAACUUUAAACACGAUCUCGUGCUGCUCAAGCUGAACCGGCCCGCCAACAUGGCGCCCAACUCGCGCGUCAAAAAGAUCUGCCUCCCGUUUGCCGACAUCAAGGUGAACAGUGUGGCGUACGACCCCCGCCCGGAACUGGACCGGUUGAACACGAAAGCCACCGGGGGAGCGUUGUUCUUCUAUGACUACCUCGGGCGGCCACCGGAGAACGAUGCGGAACAAUUCGAUGCCAACCACCAAGGGGAGUCUGGCUCUGAUACGGGAUCAGAAUCGUUUCCGGAACCUCUACCGGAACGGGACGACAACUAUCUGCGGCGGUUGCGACUUCUCGGGGAAAGCCCCGAAUGGCCGCAGCGAACCACAGCACGAGUUCUUGUCACCCGACUGGUGCGACAGCAGCUGCAACGGAAUGGAACGCUAACCAGUUCGAGACGGUCCAGCCGGAGGGGGCGACGGCUACAUUUCGAUGAUGAUGACGACGAUGAUAACAACAGCAGGGACUACAAUUUCAGCGGCGGAAAUCGUCGGUCAGGGGGUAAACAACGGCGACGGAACGAUAAGUUCGUCCAUGGGGGAUUUUAUCGCAACGACCACUACCGAAACGAGUUCGGAGAGGAAGACGACAGCAACAGUAGCGGUGGCGAUGUAGUCAGUGCCAUUCCCGAUACCACCCAGUACGUGGACUGUUUGGCAACAGGUUGGGGCAAAUCGACAAUCGACGAUGAAUUAACCGACAUCCUGCUGCAGACGAAGGCCCCCAUCCAGAAUAGUAAAAAAUGUGAGGAAGCUUAUGGAGAUUUCAUCAAACUGCACCGGGGCCAUUUGUGCGCGGGUAACGUGGACGGAACCGGCGGCACGUGCGUGGGGGACUCCGGUGGACCGCUGCAGUGUCGAAUAACAAAGCAUGGCCCUUGGAUUCUAGUCGGAAUAACGUCGUUCGGAUCAGGAUGUGCCUUCAAAAACUACCCGGACGUCUACACCAAGAUCUCCUUCUACCGGCAGUGGAUAAUGGACACAAUUCGGCAGAAUUGAAUUACAUCCGCUGCAGCGUAGGCAAACGGGCAAUUAUCGAACCGAACUUUACCGCCAAUCAAGAACAGCUGGUUCCCUACCGCCGGGGACAAGAAGCAGAGCAACAAAACGCACAUUGUGAUAUUACUUUUUAGCCGGAGAGGAAGAAGCAUCCGGAAGUGCGCGGUUGACCGACGGUUGUAUCCAGAAAUGGAAGCGAUAGGCCCCUAUCCCAACGGUGAACUGACCGAACCCAAUUUCGCCGGUUCAGAUUGGUAGCCACGUGGUUGUACAAAGGCAUUGUUCGGGGACCAGAGAAAACCAACAAAAUACAUUCGAGCACCCUAUGAUGAUGAUUCAAUACUAUCAAAUUGCAGCUAAGAUGGUUCAGAGAUGCGGACCCAUUGAACCGACAGUCAAGUUCUCCUUAUGUUUUGAUUUUACUACUACUUAUCAUGACUGCGUGCUUUAGGGAAAUCCUUUUCGGUAGCUAUUGAAGCACACACCAUCUUAUUGAUCGGAAGCAUGUUAUGCCAAUAGCAAUCGAAAGCAGAAAACAUGACUCGAGUACCAUUGGUUUUACACCACAAUUCGCGGGUGAUAGAAAACUGACAUCGAAAAACAAUACCAUUAAUGUUUUUGACUAUUUUUUGUAGUUGUUGCCAUUUGGUUAGACUCUCGAGAAUUUAGUGCUUGUCUAGUUCGGUUUACGAUCCGCACUCUCACUUCCCAAUGAUAUUGCCAUAUAGAGUUACGUACGAACCACUCUAAUCUACAGGCCGGCGGCUGGAUUUCAGUACGCGUCGAUUUUCCUCUUCCCGAUGCUUACCGGCGUGUUCAUCUUUGUUCCAAACACCGGCUUCUCUAUUGCCAAGCGGUUCUUUUUUUUCUCUCUCUCUCUCUGUUUCUGGCACCAUGGCAUACGGCCAAGCCCCUUCACGCUUUUCCAUACCGUUUUGGUGGAGCUUUUUUUGUUUUGGAAUUUCCUUUGUUUCAUCCACACCGUCGUUGACAGUUACCAGUGUGCUGUUCGUAAAACCGAAUCGUUGUUAUAUUUGUUUUUAUUGCUCAUUCAACUUCUAUCGCACAGCAGUGCGGAAUAGUUUGUUUGUUAUUUGUUGUAACAUGGAUUAUUUGGCUUAGCAAGAGAGGAAAAAAACCGAGAAGCGAAAGGAAAAUGAACAGACGCGCGUUUCGCAUUGUGCUCUAUUCCGCACUAGAUUGGAUCGCACUGAUAGGAGAAGGCGAUUGUAUAGUUCAACUUGUUACCAUUUCAUGAGCAAAAAUUUUAUUAGGAAUAGAAAAAUGCGUUUUUAAUUAGUAUGUUUAGUUAGGUCUGUACACUUGUAUUAUAUGUUGAGUUAUAAAAUGUAGAUUAAAUCGAAGAAAUAAUGUUGUUGAAA